AUGUCUCAACCUUCUGGAAAAUCUAAGAUCAAGGUCACUAAGACCAAACACAAUGUGUGUGUCAUUGGACUGGAGAGUGGAUCCUCUCAGCCCUUCAAACCAGUUGAUAUUGAAGAUGUUCCCUCUGAUGAAAUAGAAGACAUCAUUCAUGAUGUUGUUGCUGAUGUGGACAAAGAAGUGAAUUCUAGUCCUGAUGUUGAGCCUGAUGUCGAGACAUCCGCUCCUGCUAAUGAAGACCAUGAUGAGUCCCAUCAUCGCUUUGGAUCUGACCAAGAUCAAGAUGAUGGUAAUGAUCCAAAUGUUCUCACUCCUCCUAGGCAAGAUAUUGCGCCUUCUGAAAAGAAGCUCUUUGCAGGUAAGAGAAUUCCACAAAAUGUUCCUGCUGCACCACUUGAUAAUGUUUCUUUCCAUUCUGAAUCCAAUGUGUUGAAAUGGAACUAUGUCUUCCAAAGGAGGGUUGUUAAGGAAAGAGAAGUUGGAUCUGAUGUGUUAGAGUGCAAGGAAGUCAUGGCGCUCAUUGAGAAUGCUGGCUUGAUGAAGACUGUUCUCCACAUAGGGAGAAGCUAUGAGAGGUUGCUGAAGGAAUUUAUUGUGAAUCUGUCUGUGGAAGUGGGACUUCCUACAAGUCCAGAAUUUCAGAAGGUGUAUGUUUGGGGGAAGUGUGUCAAGUUCUCUCCUGCUGUGAUCAACAAAGCACUUGGAAGGAGUGUUUCUCUUGUAAUGGCCCCUGAGCCAUCCUUGGAUGAGUAUGUCAUCCUUAACAGGAUUGGUGUGAUUAAUUGGGUGCCAUCCCAACAUACUUCUGGCAUCUCUGCUCAUCUUGCAAAGCUUAUCUACAAGAUAGGCACACGAGCAGAUUUUGAUUUUGAGUCUUUUGUGUUUGAACAGACCCUGAAGCAUGGAGAAACUUGUGCAGUGAAACUGCCUAUUUCCUUUCUCUCUCUGCUCACUGAAAUCAUACUGAAGCAGUAUCCCAAGAUAUUGAGGGAUGAUGAGGUUGAGAUUUCCAAGGGUACUCCUAUUACCAUGGAUCAUCGUUUGUUCACUGGGUCUCAUGUCCCAGACAUUGCUGUGCCAACCGGCAGGAUAUCUGCUUCUGCUUCUGCUUCUGGUGUACAAUCUGGCAAGGGUGCCAUCAUUGCUGAAUUGGAGGAAGUCUCCAAGGCUCUUCAAGACACUAUUAGGAUCAGCACUGGCAGAAAGCUGAAGGUGGAUGAGCUACUGCAAAGGCUCAAGGAUGAAGAGACUCAAGAGGGUAAGCAAAGUGCUACAGCUGCUGCUAAUGUGGAAGUUAGCAUUGAUGAGGAGGAAGGAUCUGAAGAAGACACUGGUACUGAUUCAAGUUCAGAGGAAGAGGACGAAGACUAG